GAGGAUGUUCAGAUGGAAGACGGAGGGCGUCUUGGGGGCGGCAGAGCCGGGCGGGGGAGGAGGGCCGAUCUGGAAAGACGAGUGCGGUGAAUUGGCGUGAGUGCAGCCUAAAGCAGAGGCAGCAUCUGGAGUGCUUGGGAGGAGUUCAAGUUGAGGGCAGUUGAGUGCAGACGGCAGGGAGGACCCCGAGAGCGGUGCCAGCGACCCGGCGGAGUGGUAAGACGGAUGAUCAAAUGACGCGUGGCUGGCUGGAGUGUCACUGGCCAGGUGUGCGCCAAAAGGGAAUCGCAGCCAAAAUCUAGCUUGAGCCGGUGCUUGGAAAGGAUGGGACAUACAUAACUCCCCUGCAGAUAAGUCCUCAUAUCCGCCGUCCCAGCCUUGUCUUUUCCGUCGCUCUUCUCCUCUUUCGUCCGCGAGUCUCAGCCCACUUAGGCUCUCAGCCCACUCAGGCAACCUCGGUCGUAUUCAGCGGCCUCUUACGUCUUCUCCUCGGUCCUCUCAAUUAAAUCCACCGCCGUCCCUGUGCCAGCCCGGGUUCGCUCCUCCCCUUCUGGGUUCGAGACCGUAUGCUCCCUUCUGCACUUGGCCAUCAAACCGCUUUUCCAUCCCCGGCUAUUUCCUCCUUCGCUCGUUAACCUUUUCCUUUAUAUUCGGAACUCCAAUCUGCUUCGUCGUCCGCGACUCUUCUCCCGUCUCUCUUCUUCCAUCCACAAGAAUCCCUCCUCUUCCUCUUCCUCUGUCCCUGAACCCUCCACGCCUCGUGCCCUCUCAUCUCCCUUCUGCUUCCGUCUCUCACUCCCUCGAGGUCACAUACCAUGGCCGACCUCUACCCUACAUACAGCUCUCAGUUCCAGCGCCGCGACGCUCCCCAGCAGUCUUACCAUCUCCCGACAAACGGUUCUCUGUCCUAUCCACCACAGAUCGUCACUUCCCAACCCGUUGUUUCCGACGAGCAUACCAACGGUCAACAUGAUGCUGAUUCGCAGUCCCCAACUGCGCCUUCACCGAAGCAAGAAUCUCCUACUGCUCCGAAGCAGGAUGGUCUCUCGCAGCCCGCCAAGCCCCAAGCUACCUUUCUCACCAAGCUCUAUGCUCUCUUGGAGCGACCCGAGAAUCACCAUAUGAUUCGUUGGGAUCCUGCUGGAGAGCACAUCAUCGUCGAACGUCCUGAGCAGUUGGCUUUGCAUGUCCUUCCAAGUGUCUACAGGCAGUCGCGCUUUGCCAGUUUCUCGCGGCAACUGAAUAUCUACGGUUUCAUGCGCAAAGUGAACCUUCGGAAUGUAGACCCUGCUAUCGACGAUCCAGAUGCAAGCACAUGGUCGCACCCCACGCUUAACCGUCAUUCACCUCCGGAGGUUGUCGCAAACUUCAAGCGUCGUGUACCGCCACGACUUCCCAAGCCUCGCAAGCGCGAUUCCUUGGAUCCCAACUCCUUGAAUGCGCCACGUUCUGCCGUUGGUUCGAUGGCUCCCGUUUCCCUUGCCAUUCCCUCGGGAUCUUCGUCUCCUGGCAGGGGGAAUCGCGCUCGCGGGUUUUCUGCACCAGGAUCUUUCACGCCUUUGACGCAAUCGACGGCUCCUGGCUGGGGCGCGAGUUAUCCUCGCUCUACUUUACCCCCACUCACCGUGCCAGACGGGCCGUCUAUUUCUUCGCAUACAAGCAUGUAUUCGCACUCCCCACAUACCCUUCACCCGCUGACUCCAGCAGAUGAUACCCCACCUUCGUCCACCUUUAGUCCCAUGUCUUAUUCUACCACGAACUCCAGCCGCGACGCGUUGAUGCUUCCCUCGCCUACCAAUCAAUAUCCUUACGCUGAGCAGAAUGGCUGGCAAUUUUCGCAGAGCAACGGUGCAGGCGGACACUCGAAUGGCAGCUUGUCGAGCUUGUUGAACCCAUCGAGCGGAUAUUCUGUACCCUCUCGCACCUCUGCAGCGGGUAUGACUGGCUACGGCUCGUCUUACUCGUCAAUGCAGAUGAGGUCUGGUCAGGUCUCUCCAGACAGCCGUCCGGCGACCGGAUAUUCUGUUUCAUCCAUGUCCUCGUUGUCGACGCCUUAUGAUGAGACGGCACCGCCGCAAUAUGCGCACCACGAUUAUUCGCGUCCAAAUUCCAGCCACCAUCCGUCUGCUGGUCGGCCACUUACGCCCACUUCGAGGCCUCACUCCUCGAAAGCUUCUUACCCCUCUUCGGGUACCUUGCUGGUCCGUAGGGACAGACGCCACAGCCAUGCUAUGUCGCCUUAUCCCUCACCUUAUGGUGAUCACCCACCGCAUUCUGCGGGUUCUGAUCGGCCCUCCACGUCUCCUCACCCAGGCGAAGAUCAUAUGGGAGACACUUAUGGCUUCAACCCGGCUCAGGCUGACUUUGCGUAUCAUCCCGCGGAUGAUGUCCGUCACUCACAGACGCACUUGUCUUCUCACGGACACGGCAUGUAUGGGGGUGUAGCGGCUGGUCGAAGUAUCCGCCCUUCGACUUCUGCGUCAUCUCUGUCGACAACCAGCUCGGUUGCGAACACGCCUGGGGGCGAUGGGUACGGACCGAUGGGACACGAAGGUGCCGAUAUUAGUCGAUAAUGGUUCGCUAACAGAUGCUGCCUCCCGUUCACCUCCAGACUCGCCCGAUUUUGGCUUUGUUCCGAUGAACGAGCAUAUCCCGCAUUAUACCAAGACGGGCGAGCUCUAAUUGGGGAAUGCCGGUUGUUCUAAGCUGGCUUUCUCUCGGUAUCUCGGUUGCAGGAUGGAAUUGAAGAAACGUAGACGCCUCGAACAACGGUCGAAGGAUGGAUCCGAUUAUGUUUCUUGUUGUCUUGACUUGGACUCUCACUCGCUCGCUUUAUUCGGUGAUAGAAGCUCGAAAAGUGUAUUCGUGGAACGGAAGAUUUAGGUCCCUGAUAGGUGAUAAGAGGGGUAUGAAGGGAAUGGGCUAUGGGGAGUUGGAGCCACCUGCUGGGAACUCUGGGAGCUGGCAUCAGUCACAAACGCCUGAAACCUUCAUCAACAACACGGAUCCGCCCGUCCUAUCUAUGGAAACCAACACUUGGUGAUCAGAAUCUUCAGCGUGGAGGAUGAUCAUCGUCUUUUUCUGUUCGUUCCUCUUUUUACGGACAUGCCAUCUCAGUCACCGUCUCUCCCACUCGAUUCACACCCUUCGUUCAACUCGUAUCCCUUUUUUCUGAUAGUUCCCUUUGUCUUUUGCCUUUCGCGUGCCUCCGAGUUUGUCCGUCACCAGCAUGCCAGUUCUCUCAUACCCCCUACUGCCUACCUUUCCAUUCGCCGCUCCAGCUCUCGAUUCAUCCGUUGCAUUUUUCGUUUCUCUUUUUUUGCUUUCGCUGUUUAAUAGAAGAGCUUCCCUUUUUGCAUGAACCCAAAAAUGCCAUCGCUGCAGUUAGCCUUUCAUUUUCGACCGUACCCUACAUUUCUCGCACGUAUACCUCCGUUUAGUCCCCUUUUCAAUUUAUACCAGCCUUGAUACGUUACGCAUAGUUUCUUGAAUAAUAAAUGCCAAUGAACCUUUUUAUUGGCAUGCCCAUUA